AUGUUUUUUCCUUUUCCUUUUUUCCUUGUUCUCUUUGCCUGCCUUAAUGUUUUUCCCCUUUUUCCUUUAUCCUUGUUCUCUCUUUUCUUAAUGUUUUCCCUUUUUCCCCUUGUUUUUUUUUUAUCCCUUAUUUUCUCUUUCUUACUGCAACAAUGUUUUUCCUUUUCCUUUUUUCCUUUAUCCCUUGUUCAAUGUUUCUUUCUUUACUGCAACAAUGUUUUUCUUUUUUUCCUUUAUCCUUGUUCUCUUUCUUACUGCAACAAUGUUUUCCCUUUUCCUUUAUCCCUUUUCCCUUUUCUCCCUUCCUUACUGCAACAAUGUUUUCCCUUUUUCCUUUAUCCCUUGUUCUCUUUCUUACUGCAACAAUGUUUCCCUUUUUCCUUUAUCCCUUGUUCUCUUUCUUUGCAACAAUGUUUUCCCUUUUUCCUUUAUCCCUUGUUCUUUUCUUACUGCAACAAUGUUUUCCUUUUUUCCUUUAUCCCUUGUUCUCUUUCUUACUGCAACAAUGUUUUUCCUUUUUCCUUUAUCCUUGUUCUCUUUCUUACUGUUCAACAAUGUUUUUCCCUUUUUUCCUUUAUCCCUUGUUCUCUUUCUUUCAAUGUUUCCUUUUCCCUGUCCCUUAUUCUCUUUCUUACAUCCUUUUUUUCCUUUUCCUUUAUCCUUUUCUCUUUUCUUACACAAUGUUUUCCUUUUUCCUUAUCCCUUUGUUCUCUCUUUCUUACGGCAACAAUGUUUCCCUUUUUCCUUUAUCCCUUGUUUCUUUCUUACUGCAAUGUUUUCAAUGUUUUUCCCUUUUUUUUCUUUAUCCCUUUUUUCUCCUUUCUUGCAACAACAAUGUUUUCCCCUUUUUCCUUUAUCCCUUGUUCAAUGUUUUUCCCCUUUUCAUUUUAUCCAAUGUUCUUCCCCUUUUUCCUUUAUCCCUUAUUUCUUUCUUGCUGGCAACAAUGUUUUCCCUUUUUUCCUUUAUCCCUUGUUCUCUUUCUUACGGCAACAAUGUUUUUCCUUUUUCCUUUAUCCCUUGUUCUCUUUCUUACUGCAACAAUGUUUUCCUUUUUCCUUUAUCCCACAUUUCUCUUUCUUUGCAACAAUGUUUUCCCUUUUUCCUUUAUCCCUUGUUCUCUUUCUUACUUAAUCUCCUUUUUUCCUUUUCCCUUUAUCCUCUUUUCUUUCUGCAACAAUGUUUUCCCUUUUCCUUUAUCCCUUGUUCUCUUUCUUACGGGCAACAAUGUUUUCCUUUUUCCUUUAUCCUUAUUCUCUUUCUUACGGCUUUAUCCUUGUUUUUUCCCUUUUUCCUUUUUCCUUUAUCCCUUUCUUUUCUUUGCUACAAUGUUUCUUUUUCCAUCCUUGUUUUCUUUCUUCUGCAACAAUUUUUCCCUUUUUUUUAUCCUUAUUUCUCUUUCUUACUGCAACAAUGUUUUCCUUUUUCCUUUAUCCCUUGUUCUCUUUUCUUACUGCAACAAUGUUUUCCUUUUUCCUUUAUCCCUUUUCUCUUUCUUACUGCAACAAUGUUUUCCUUUUCCCCUUUAUCCUUGUUCUCUUUCUUACUGCAACAAUGUUUUCCCUUUUUUCCUUUAUCCUUGUUCUCUUUCUUACUGCAACAAUGUUUUUCCUUUUUCCUUUAUCCCUUGUUCUCUUUCUUAA